UUUUACUCUUUUAUUCAAUGUUUUUACUAAGUUAUGUUUACGUUGUUCUUGUUUAUUGUUGUCCUGUUCAUGCUGUAUAUAUGGCACAUUCUGCACUGCAACCGUGGAAUUUCCCCAACCCGGGAUAAAACAAAGUAUAUCCAACAUCCUAUCAAACUGUCCCUUUGGGGCUCUGUACCUGUAAUAAUCCCAUGUACAGCCCAGCAAAAGUAAUCCUACACGGAAAAUGUGGGUAUAUUUGAAUAUCCAAUAUAACAUUAUUGUACCUUAUUUUCUGUGUCGUUGUUGUGUUAGGGCAGCGCAACUACACAGGGGUUAGUGCUGAUGCCUCACAAUAAGAAGCUUCUGUGUUCGAUUCCCGGGCUCGGGGUCUUUCUGUAUGGAGUUGCGUGGGUUCCCUGCAGAGGUGUCCCUCUCCUUUUUGGUCACCAAGGAACCCCACGUGGAGCAGUCAUGUUACAGUGCAGUAUUGUGGCCCCUUCUGUGUGGACUUGGAGUAGAAUGGGGGACAUAGUGUGUGGCAAAUAAGGCACCUAGGAAAGAUGGCACAGGCUCCUCAGGGGCAUGAGAAGCCCAGCUGGCCUAGAGAAGAGCUGAGCUGCCUCCUGGUCGGGGAUGGAGCUGUGGGGAAGACAAGCAUGAUCAUCAGCUACAUCUUUAAUGGAUACAACAGCGAGUACAGGCAGACUGCUUUUGACGUGUUUACAGGAUUGGUUCAUGUGAAUGGAGUCCAAACACGGCUCAAACUGAUAGAUACAGCUGGACAGGAGGAGUUUGGGCAUCUUCGCUCCUUGUGCUACGCCCAUGUGGACGUCUUCAUCCUGUGCUUCAGCCUCAUCAAUCCUGUCUCUUUUGACAACGUCACGUCCAAGUGGAUCCCGCAGAUCCGUGCAGGGAACUCGACCUCUCCCAUUAUUCUGGUGGGGACCGAGUCUGACCUUCGCCACAAUGUGGACGUCCUCAUUCAUUUGAACCAACUCCGCGCUAAACCAGUGGGCCAAAGCGAGGUCAAGAGGUUGGCACGCCGCAUCCGAGCUCAUGACUACAUGGAGUGUUCAGCUCUGACCCAGCACCACCUCAAAGAUGUGUUUGACUGUGCCAUCUUUGCUGCCAUCAAGCAAAAACACAAUAGUGCAAAAAGCCAAAAGCUGAGUUUGAAACACUGUUUUAAGACUUUUUGUGAAUGUGGAUGGAGGAAAAUUAUCCAAUUAAUGUGAGGUGAUUGUUUUUUCUACAUUACGUUUACCUUACUUUCUCUUUCUGGUUUUCCUAAAACUCCUGUUUUGUUUGUUGUUAUCUGUGUUUGUGUGUGUGUUUGUGCCAAACUCUG